AUGGCAUCAUUCUGGCUAGUCAGUGCCUUUUUCGGAGCAUUUGUUCUCUUUAGCUUGGAUUGCAAUGAUGCAGUCGAGUUCAAGUUCACCAACUUUGUCUGCGAAAGUUAUAACAAAUCGUGGUUCACCUUCUCCCACUGCCGACUAAAGGCCAUCAAUCGGGACAAAAUCGUCCUGAAUAUGAAUGGAACCCUGCACUAUCCGGCUUACAGGAUAAAAAUUCACGGUAAGCUUUUCAAAAAGGCCAAUGGCUAUAAGCCGUGGCUGUACGAAAGAACUGUGGAUGCUUGCAAGUUUAUGCUUCAUAAGUCAGACCCCCUAGUCUCUGUUUUGUACAAUUUGAUGAAGGAUUUUACGAAUAUCAACCACUCUUGCCCAUACGUGGGUCCACAGAUAAUUAAGGACUUUUACUUGAAACCAGAGCUCAUGCGAGUCCCAGUGCCCACUGGAGAGUACCUGUUGGCCCUAAAGUGGUACCUGGAUGCAAAGCCACAAUUCGGCACAAAUUUCAGCGCUUCGUUUGUGGAAGAUAUCUUGGCAAAAAAAAAUUAA